AUGCCCCGACGCAAGUCGACACCUUCCAAGCGGCCGCUGCCGCCGCCGGCUGAGCCCAGCGCCCCCAAGCGCUCGAAGCGAGGCAAACACCAGCGCGCUCCAUUCCGUCGCCAGCGCAGCGAGCCUCUGCCUCUCUCCAACGCCGCAGCAACCGCCGCCGACGCAGAAGAAGAAGAAGAAGCAGACCCACUGAGGCUCCAGUUCCCCGUGCCCUCCAGUCUGGCGCCGUCCCUCGCUGUAGUAUGCGCUAGCGAGGCCGCUCUCCAAUUGCAGAUUAAUCUGGCACUUACAGAGAACAACCAGGUGAAGCUGAGCCUCCAUGGACAAGGGCAGAGCGAUAUAGACGCCCACGUGUCGCUAGCUGAGCUCUUCCCAGAUACAUACGAAGGCUGGCGCCCCCACAUUGCGACGUUAGCAGAGCGUGGACUGCUGAGUCUCCAUUUAAACGCCAAGAGAGAAGCAGAGGACGACGAUGACUGGACCUUCAGCUUUGCAGCGUGCGUGGCCUGGCGCGAAUACAUGGAGCAUUGCAGCUCUCGGGGCCUGUUGCCUGGGUCUGCAGCGCCCAGAGCGACUCCGAUGCGAGCGAUGCAUCACGUGAUGAUUUGGUUGCUGAAGAAGACCCACGACGCACAGAGAGGGUUGUCCGACGCGGAGACGUCAUGCAAAUUCCGGUACUGGAACGAGAUUGAGGUGCUGUAUGCUCGGUGUGUGGGAAGCAACAGCGCGGUAUGCGAGCAAUUCAAAAACCAGACGUUUGCUAUGCCUGAAAUCUACGCGCGUAUCGACGCAGACCGCCAACUGGAGAAAGAUAUUAGCGAAUAUGAGGCCGCACAAGCGGCCUCGGCGGAUUUGCUGCCAACGUUGCGGCCGUACCAGAAGGCAGCAGUGUCCUGGAUGCUCUCGCGGGAGGAAGAGACGUCACAACGAGGUCACACCUUACCUCUCUGCAUUUCGUUCAAUAAGGCGGCAGCAAGGGAGGUUCAGGCGUACGAUCCGCUCUGUGCAGUGUUCCACGCAGCUCCGUCAACUGGCAGACCGCAGUUGCUGCAGGAGCAGCUACGGCCUAUUGAGAUGGAGUUGUCAUCGGUGCGUGGUGGGAUUCUAGCGGAUGAAAUGGGACUUGGGAAAACGGUGGAGGUGAUCGCACUGGUUUUGAGUCACCGCAAGACGUUGUCGAGGCCGCGGCUACUGUCGACGCACUCGUGUUUGCUAGAGGAGGAGGGCACAGACGUCACUGAUGAUACUGUGGUGUGCAUUUGUGGCUCAUCAGAAGGUCACCCGAUGGGUUUUGUGCAGUGCGACUUUUGUGGCACGUGGCAUCACCAGCUUUGCACUGGGUAUAUGGUCGAUGAAAACACGGGGAGCUCUGCAACAAACGGCAUCUGGGAUUUCGAAUCGAGAGGCUCGACUACUAGUGAAGCGACUUCAAUUUGGUCAAGUGGGGGUUUCAUGUGUUAUCAUUGCCAGAGUCAAGAGGGACCAAGCUUCGCAGCGCGUACAACGCUUAUCGUGUCACCAGAGCCUAUUCAUGCCCAGUGGGAGAACGAGAUCUCUCGCCACGUCAGUGCGGGGGCUCUUUCUGUCAUGCGUUAUCCCGGUGUUCGGGCAUUGAGGGCCAGAUUGGAGGGUACUGGCCCCAGUGCUGAAUGGCAAGUGCUGGCGUCGCCUGGUCUUGUGCUAGCUCGCCAUGACGUCGUGCUGACAACGUACGAGGCUCUAGGUGCCGAUCUGCGUCAUCUUCCUACGACUGAAGGAGGCGAUCGUCGUUCCAGUACACGAUCUCAGCACAAGCGUUACGCAUUUGUGGGCUCUCCUCUCGUGGCCUUACACUUUUGGCGCGUGUGUAUGGACGAAGCCCAGGUAGGAGUGGAGAAUACACGCUUGCAAGCAGCACUGACGUUGUCAAAACUUAGCGCAGACAACCGAUGGGUAGUCACGGGCACCCCGUUCUCGUCACGCGUGGGCGAGUUGUUUGGCUACUUGCGUUUUCUACGAGUUUCACCCUACGCGUCAGUGCAAUCAACGGGCGGAAAUCAACUUCUACUACAGGCGGAACAUGAUGAACAAGAGCGUGCAGACCUGGCCUUCUUCCGAGAGUCAAUCGAGCACAGCUUUUGUGAAGGAGCAAUCGACCGUGUUUUAGACCUACUACUAUGGAGUGGCCAGGACUCCGAACCCAUCGCUUGUGGGUGCGGUAUUCUGUGGCGUACUGGCAAAAAGCACGUCUUGGACCAGUUGGAUCUCCCUCCUCAGAAGAGCGAGGUUAUCUGGUGUGACUUCGCUGCUGUAGAACGCCAUUUCUACGACCAACAAGAAAAACGCAUUGUCUCUCUAGUUCAGCAGCGUCAACGCCAGCAGUCGGAGCAGUCAAGUGAUGUCAUUGCGCGAGAAGAUCGAUUGUGGCAGGACCUGCUCAUUUUGCGGCAGCUGUGCUGCCACCCUCAAGUUGGCGGUGCUCGACAGGCGUGGGGUACUGGGGGUAAUUCUACUGGCGGGGCUGUUAUGACCAUGGACACGUUUCUUCAGGAGCUCUUGAAUAAAGCCACGCGGGAAUGUGAGGACGCUCAGCGGCAGCUCAUCGGAGCACAGAAUGGCCUAGCUGCUCUGCUUGUGUUGGAUCAUGAUAUAUCGGGUGCUGCGCUCAAGUACAUGGCUCAAAUGAGGCUUAUUCGCACGAACUGGUCACAUUUCCGCGCAGACUUGCUGCCUAGACUGCACAUCCUACAAAACCUGGAGAAAUGCGCCCAGCAACUGUAUUCGCUUCCUGAACGAGAUGUUGCAGAUGUAAAUGGAGAUCCUCCCGCUGACACGAAUGCCAAUCCUAUAAAGGAGUAUCUGCUGCCAGAGCUGCCUGCUCUAGAGAAACGAGUAUCGUCGACGGGGCUACUUCCUGGCUCAGCUGAACUGCGUGAUGAAGACCUGUUGGCAAUUAAGCGUGAAUGUUCGUUGCUUGGUGACAGUGCUCGACAGAUCCGACAGUUUUAUCUGCUCCAGGUUGAUAUGAUGCACACACAAGCGCUCGACAAAUUCAGACAAGUUUUCAACGAGAUUAGUGAGGAGCAGCACUCUCCCUCCAGAGCAAAAUCUGACAUGCUGUGUACAUCAGGGGAUUGGUGGAGUGACGCUCUUGCUAUCGUCGAGAAGAGCGGGCGAGACUGCGAUCAACAGCUUGUGUCGCGAGUCCAAGCCCGACUUUCUGGGUUCGGCACGCGCUGGGGAACGACAUUUUGCUCGCAGCUUGUAAGCACGCGCUCGCUGCGAUUGCUGCUGGUGCGCGAGCUAGAAGCGUUGGCGAAACGACGACGGGUUCUUUUUGAACGUCUUGUAGCCCUAAGUGAAGGAACGCCUUCAGAGGCUGAUAUCGAGCUAUCUGGGAAUUGUGCGAAAUGCCGCGACGGCGGUACAGGACCGAUGUGUGUUCAUUGCCAGCUCUACAAAGAGCUAGACGCCUAUCGACAGCAUUUUCUUGGAAUUGAUAAGACUUCGCCCGGUACGACACGGAUCAUGGAUUUGUUUGACGAUAAUGAUGGUAGUAUGGAGGAAGAUGAUGAUGCGUUAGCGACGAAGUCCAGCGGUGGGGGUUCAUCCGUAUCUCUAUUCAUUGAAGUGUUCAAGGAGAUUUCAGGUUGUGCACGAAACGCGUUGCGCUCUCAACCGGCUGGAAAAGCACGUGCUAACGAUAUUCAGACGGCAAUGCAGAGUGAGACGGAAUUCUGGACGAAGCUUCAACGUGAAUGGCAGGCUGCUAAAAAGCUCUUCCAGGCUCAACACCAGCGUCUCGGUGCAUUGGACGAACUGGUAAUGGCCUGCAGCCAAUUGCGUUUACGCCAGCCUGGUGAGCCAGCAGCUCGGACUAAAGCUGAGCGUCUAUACAAACUGGAGCGUGUCGAAGUACCCGUGCGUGCUGCCGAGUUGGAAGCGGAGCGCGCAGCAGCUGAUCUCGAUUUGCGUGACAAAAUGGCCCAACUGCGGUAUCUCUUACAGCUACAAGGUGAAGCGGACACGCGCCAAGCGCAGCAGAAUGGGAGGGUUUCGUCUGGGGAAACUGCGCGAGCUUCAUGUGCUGUGUGCUUACAGGAGUUUACGCAAAAGCGCGCCGUGUUGCCCUGCGCCCACGCUUUCUGUACGAAUUGCGUAGCCAACCUGACAGGCGGUCGCCAGCACACGAGAAAAAAGGUCCGUUGUCCAACCUGCCGUCGUCUAUCGCCUGUUGACAGCGUGACGGUGGUCGUCGAGGUCGAAGAAUCACCUGCAGAUUCAACUUCAUCUCCGUCAGACAGCCAAACCGAGAUCGUGUCUGGGAUUCCACGCCAUCCUCCACACCGCACGGGCGGAAGCUUAGGCUCUAAACUGGACGCCUUACUCGCUCGUGUGGAUAUGCUCCGGCAAGAAAACCCGGGCGUCAAGUGUUUGCUCUUCUCUCAAUGGUCCCAGAUGCUGGAGCUAGCGCUACAAGCUCUGCCCCGCCUGGGCGUACGCUGCUUCAUGUAUGGGACGAAGCGGCAGCUACCCAAAGUUUUGGCCCAGUUUCAAACUUGCCCAGCCGCGUGUGUGCUAGCACUACCGUUUAAAGUCGGUGCCAACGGACUGAACAUCGUUGAGGCGACCGAAGUGCUCCUCAUCGAGCCCUUGCUCAGCACCAGUAUUGAAGCCCAAGCUGUCAACCGCGUUCAUCGGUUGGGUCAAACCCGUCGUACUCGUGUCCACCGUUUUAUUGUGCGGGGCUCAGUUGAAGAGCGCAUCUACCGACUUGGGCACAAGCAGAAACCUGGUACCAUCGAAGCGGAGCAAUCUGUCAGCGAGGAAGCUGAGGAUGAUGACGAAGGACUGCAGCGGCUGGGUGUGGCCCCUGGACGCAAGGAGCAGGAGAAACUCACGAUGCACGACUUACAGAACCUUUUGCACGGAAACUCGAAUUCUACAGAUGAGGACCAACAACAUGCGGAAGCGGUAGCAGCGUUUUGGGGCGAGUCUGUGGUGCUGAAUGGGAAGACUGUCAGUCGUCGUGCCGCAUGCGAGUUCUUAGAGCGUCGUCACGCCACGGGGGCACGAGCAGACCAUCAAGCCCAGCAAACGGAGGAUCGAGAGCCCCACACGACCUUGUUCGACAAGUCCGUUGCUCUUCCGGUUGCUGAAGAGCUGCUGACUCUGCCGUACCCGUUCAACGACAACAACGUCGAAGUGGUGGAAUGCGUCGACCCCCGCGUACUUCAGUGCCAUCAGGAUCGAGUUAAGGAGGAGAUACGGGUGUGGACAGCAGCGCGAGGCAUCUAG